AUGAAUGCAUUACAGAAGAAUCAAACUGAAAUUACUGAGUUUAUACUUCUGGGAUUUGGGGAGCUUCAUCAUCUGCAGAUCUUCCUGUUCCUUGUGUUUUUCACAAUCUUCAUUUUAACUAUGGUGGCCAAUUUCCUCACUAUUCUUCUAAUUGUUAUUGAUCAAUGCCUGCACAUCCCAAUGUACUUCUUCUUGGGAAACCUAGCCUGCUUGGAGAUGAUAUACAGUUCAACUAUUCUUCCCAGGAUGCUAGCUGCUCUCAUGACUGGAGACAAAACCAUCUCUGUUAAAGGAUGCAUCACACAAUUUUAUUUUGGAUCAUUCCUGGUUUGUACAGAAUGUUAUCUCCUCUCGGUAAUGUCUUAUGACCGUUUCUUAGCUGUUUGCAAGCCUUUACAUUAUGCAACUCUUAUGAACAACAAGGUCUGCAUACAGUUAGCAGCAGGCUCAUGGCUCAAUAGUAUUGUCGUCAUCUCUCUGUAUUUGGGCCUGAUUUUACAACUGCGGUUCUGUGGACAAAAUGAAAUUGACCAUUUCUUUUGCGAGGCUCUCCCAUUGUUAAAACUCUCCUGCAGUGAUAUAUUUCUGGUAAAACUUGUGACUUUCACUGUGGUUUUUAUCAUCACUUUCCCUCCUUUUAUUUCAACGUUGAUCUCCUAUAUCUACAUUAUUGUUGCCAUCCUGAAAAUCCUAUCUACCACAGGGAGACAAAAAGCUUUUUCUACUUGCUCUUCUCACUUGAUAGUUGUCUCUAUUUUCUAUGGAGCCAUUGUUAUUGUAUAUCUCAUACCAAAGACUGAGGCAGUGAGAGAUUUCAAUAAGAUCUUUUCUCUCUUGUAUACGGUCCUGCCCCCUUUACUCAAUCCCCUCAUAUACAGCCUGAGAAAUAGGGAUGUCAAAGAUGCUCUGAGAAAGCUUGCAGGAAAGAUGUUGGAAGGACAAUGUGUAAAUUAG